AUGGGGAGGAUGAUGAGAGGGAUGGUGGUCUACAUUGUUGUCGCACUUUCAGUACUAAUGAGUGUCUAUCGUGGCAUGGCGGCCUAUCCAUAUCCUGGGUAUGGAAGCUUCGGAAAAAUAUCACAUAUUGUAGGUCGAGAUGGAAUGUGUUUGGACAUUGUUGUUCCCAAUGUCCGACCACUUUACGCUCAAACUCAAUUAUCGCGGUGUGACGUUGCGAAACAGACCCAAAUGUGGAGCAUCCUUGAAGAUGGCACCAUUCGAACCAAGGACAACUUAUAUUGCUUGGUUCCUUACAACGAUGCGUAUGAAGCUAAAGCCGUAUUGGGCAAGUGCUCUGAAUUGAUAAGAAGUGACAAGAAAUGGAAGCAUAGGAGUGAUGGCACUUUUGUCCACGAGAACUCGGGCUUCGUCCUGACAGCGAAACCAGACAACUUCGUGAUAUUGGGAACUGACGCAUACACCCCAUCCCAAAGCUGGGAAGCCACCGAGGGUCUCUCCCCUUCUGUGGUUAACAUCAAGUGGCUUGAAAACCAGUGUUUGCAGUCCAUGGAUAAUGGUGCUCCCUUUGUGUAUUUGAAUCUAUGUGAUAAAAAAAAUAAGAACCAACAUUGGGCACUAUAUUCUGACGGCACCAUCCGUGUUGAUAACUAUGGCAGCAGAGACUACUGCUUGACGUCUCAAAGAAAUCCAUCUAGUGUCAUCCUUGUGUCUAACUGUGACGACAAGGCGACACAACGAUGGGAUAUUAAUGAAGACAACUUCAUUUACCAUCCCAACACUAACUUGGUCUUGGAUGUCGAUAGAAAACCUGAGGGAUCCCAAAUUGUCGUUAUCGACACUCGUGAUGGCACUCCUACCCAGCAAUGGACGAUACUCUGA